AUGGCCGCGAAUUGCAACUAUGGCACCGAGGACGCCCUGCCAGACGGGCUCAUCAAGUCCACCCCAGUCGCAAAUGAAUGCGACACGAUACGGGACGAGGAACGGCCGCUGCUUCCACAGUCUAAUUCCGCGGAGAGUAACGGGAAGGCCCUGACAGGCGUGGCAACCAUUAUAGCUGUGCUGUUGCUCGGCGAAUUCAUUUCCAACGCCGACACGACGCUUGUCAUGGCCGCCGCUGGCCACAUAUCCUCCGAAUUCAAUCGAUUACGCGAUGCAAGUUGGCUCUCUACAGGAUAUACACUUGGUCUCUGCGCCGUGCAGCCGAUGUACGGGAAGCUGAGCGACAUCUACGGUCGCAAACCGCUUCUGUUAAUAUCGUAUUUCUUGUUCGCAGUUGGCUGCAUUAUUAGUUGCAUUGGGUCACAGAUGUGGGUGGUGGUUCUCGGCCGUGCGAUCAGUGGAAUGGGUGGCGGCGGUUGCAUGACGAUCAGCUCGGUGAUCAUCACUGAUAUUGUUCCCAGACGCGAAGUCGCGACAUGGCGAGCCUAUGUCAAUAUCUCCAUGACGCUUGGCCGCAGCGUUGGCGGUCCCUUGGGCGGGUGGCUGAGUGACACUAUCGGUUGGCGAUGGCUGUUUCUCCUCCAAGCUCCAUUGUUCGCCCUCGCUGCUUUCCUGGUGGUCCUGAAGCUCCAGGUUGCCCAGCCUAAAAUCGCGGCACAGGCCGGCUCUGUAUCACAGCUUCGCCAAAUCGACUUUUUAGGAACCGCUCUCCUCGGGGCAUCGAUCGUCGCCAUUAUUGGGCUCAUGGACCAGGGAGGCAAGUCGUUCCCUUGGCGAUCGUGGGUAUCUGCGGUCAUCGGUGGUGGUGGACUCUUGCUGCUUGUCGCAUUUGUCCUCGUAGAAGCCUAUCUUGCCAAGGAGCCCGUUUUCAACUUGCGUAUUUUGCGCAGACCCAAUGUGGCGGUCAGCUAUCUGAUUGGAACACUACAGAUUACGGCACAGCUGGGCAUGCAGUUCUCGAUCCCUCUGUACUUUCAAGUCACGCAGCGUGCCUCGGUUACAGUCGCGGGCGGCCACUUGGUUCCUGCAGUGAUUGGUAACACGCUAGGCGGACUUCUUGCUGGCGGGUUCAUUCGCCGUACUGGGCACUACAAGAUCUUGCUUAUUCUGGCUGGUUUAGUGGCAUCAACCUCAUACGUGCUGCUGUACCUGUGUUGGAAUGGGAAUACCGGGUUCUGGGAGUCGUUAUACGUCAUUCCUGGAGGCAUGGGGACAGGCAUCUCGUCAGCGGCGGCAUUCAUUGCCAUGUCUGCUUCACUACCUCCAGAAGAGGUGGCUAUGGCUACCUCCGGCUAUAUGCUGCUAGUCAGCUUCGCCAUGACGGCGGGUGUCACGACAUCCAAUAGUGUUCUGGGACUCGAGUUCUAUCGGCAGCUUCGCCGUAACCUUCGCGGACCCGGCUCAGAAACAGUCAUCAAACGCGCUAUGGCCGACACCAACUACAUCUCCCAGCUCACCGGCCGCCUCGGAGAUAUUGUGGUUCAGUGUUACCUUUCGGGACUCAAUAGCACAUACCUGGUCUCGCUUGCUUGUUCCCUGGUUGCUGCAUUCCUGGGAUCGUUCAUUCGACAUCACCAAUUAUAG